AUGGGAACUCCAGAAACACGUAAAGCACCGAAUAUUUUGAUAACUGGUACACCCGGUACUGGAAAAACUACGCUUGCCGAAAAACUCGCUCAAAAAUUGGUUUCAGGAUUUGAUUUUAUCAGCUGUGGCCGUCUGAUUACCGAACAUAAGUUGCAUUGCGGAUAUGAUGGUGAACUGGAAACUUACAUCCUUGAUGAAGACAGAUUAUUGGAUCAUAUUGAAAGACGAAUGGAUGAUUUGAGAGGAAGAUGUAUUGUAGAAUACCAUGGAGCCGAACUGUUUCCCCAGAGGUGGUUUGAUUUUGUUUUUGUAUUACGAUGUAACAAUACGGUGUUAUAUGAUCGGCUGGCUGCUCGAAAUUAUAGUGAUAAAAAAAUCAGAACAAAUAUUGAAUGCGAAAUAUUUGAAGUGCUGCUGGAGGAAGCCCGAGAAUCAUAUGAUGUAAGUACUGCUUGUGUUUUUUCUUCCAAGUUUCAGUUUUUUUUUUUUUUUUUUUUUUUUAAUAAAUCAAGCAAGCAUAUUUUGGGAAUUGGAUUGGAAAGGUGGUUUGAGCAUCAGAAAGGUACAUUAACAACGAUUGAAAUAUGA